CAGGUCAAAACACUGAUACUAGAGCCAGAAAUACUCAAUUUCUGGGGCCUAGCAAAGUCACGGAAAAGGAGGCUAUUCUCGCUGCCAGCAUCAACCAUGAAGACCGACAGACAAUCACAGCCAGAUACUGCACUGAAGUCACCCAAAACAAUAUGAACAUCUCGCCGAGGACAGCUGUCUGUCACAGAUGCAAGUUUGGGACACUCCAGUAUGUUCCCCAGGACAGAAGCUCGAGUACCAAGUUGCUCAUCAUGAAACUGCCAAUAUUACAUGCCUCGUCGAUGCCGUGCCGGAUAAUGUUACUUUCACCUGGAGAUUCAAUUCAUCAGGGUCCUUGCUUGAGUUGAGUGAUGACAGAGCUUCAUCAUGGGGUACUACAAGCAUCUUGCCAUACACCCCUGCAUCUCCUGGUGAUUACGGGCUUCUGCUGUGUACAGCCUCCAACUCCAUUGGCACACAACAUCUACCCUGUCGUAUCAACGUUACUGCCGCCAAGCCCCCAGAUCUUAUAGACGAUUGUGUCAUCCGGAAUCAGACAACGCACUCCGUAUUCGUUUCAUGCAAGGGAAUUCCGACUGUCCUGCCACGUUCUUUCACAAUGGAGGUGAGAAAUUCAGAAGACUUACGACUAAUAACGAAAGUUACAAACGCUACACCACACUUCGUAGCGACAGGGCUGGAUUCCGGCACAGCCUACACUCUGCAUGUAUCUGUUCACAGUCCCAUGGGAGCCUCAUCGCCAAUUAAGUUGGAAGCAUUUACCGUAAAGACUGCUGAGAAAAGGAUGGGAAUCAACGAGUCAGAGGAAGAAGAAUUGAGUGUAUCACCGCUUAUUGGAGUCGUGGCUGGUGCGGCUGCAGCAAUUGCCAUGACACUUUUGAUUAUUUUAGGCUUAGCAAUAAAACAUUGUCCUAGAAGGCAGUCGACAAAUGAUCAGCAUUAUGGCACUGCACAUGGUUCCUUAAUAUCUGAGUGUUCGCCCAAGGAAACACUUAGUACUUUCAGCAGACCAUCACCAGCAUCUGAAGAAAGGAACCCAGAUUUAAUACCUCUAAAGGAAGAAUGCGAUUAUCAGCUGGAGGAGCUUCGCGUGCCUAACUGUCCAAUGGUCAGUGGUGGACCUUCUUGUCACACCAGACCAUCCAUGAUGCAAAAUGUUGGAGUUGCAGUCUCAGCAGCUACCGCCACACCAUCUGUGGGACGAGAAUUAUCGAGCUGUAAACACCCAGACUGGGAAGCCUUCUAUCAGCGUCAGCAUCACUUAAACCCCAACCGGCGUCAUUAUCACCAGCCAUCACAAUCAACAUACUUGUCUCAUGAUUCAUGUGAGGUAAUGAGUGGAGUGGAUCAUCUUGGAAUUGUCCGUUACUUGCCGCAGCCUCCAGUCUCUAGUGCUGUUUAUGCUACACCGACAAGGUAUAUUUGUCAUAAUACGGAGCCGCCUUCAUCAUCACCGCUUCUUGAGUCACAAAUACGCACUCGUAGCAAUACAGACUGUGGCGUUGAAGCAUUUAGACAUGAAAGCAGUGUUUAGUUUUAAGGUUCCUAAAACACCAAUAAAAUGGAUGGGUGAUUACACAAGAAUAUACCUUAUAAGGAAUAUGAUUUAAAAUAUGUAAAAAAGAAAGAAAAAAGGAACAACAAAAGCAUAAUUCAGAAACAUUGUUCUUACACCCUCUUGUGUCACAAAAUUAGCUCAUUUUAUGAUUAUAUGUGCCAAUCUACUCUAAAUGCGUUUUAUAUACAUACAUGUCGGUUAAUUUGUGAAAGGAAUUAAAUGUCAGAUAUCCUAAUGUGUAUAUGGAAUUAGGUGUUUCUACGUAUUAUUGUGUAUAUUUUUAGCAAAUAUGAUGUUAAUUUUCGUUUCAGUUUAUAUGACUGCAAUGAAUGAGAGAGAAAUGUUAAGGAUUAUCGGAGUACUGAGAAUAUUUAAAAUAGUAUCUCCCUUUUUUGCCUUUUCCAUUUUCUUUUUCUUUUCAUGCUUGAGUAUUAUAAGAUUUACUACAAUAGCGUUGCUCAAAGUUGUAUACAUUACUGAAAUAAGGCUACUGAUGGGAAAAGCACUUUAUAUCAAUUACCUGGCUUUAGCUUUAUUUACUGUCAUUUUUUAAUGCUCCUCAAGGUCAUAAAAGCAGGAAAUUGGUAUCACACACACAGACACACACACAGACACACACUCACACACACACACACACACACACACACA